AUGUAUACAGUGUUUCCGGCGAAGCCGCGGGAAUCAAAUUACAUAAUGGGAAAUUUGCCCACAAAUCGAGUUUCGUUUUCUCGUCCAUUCCUUCACAUUGGCGUCGAUUUUUGUGGCCCGUUCUAUACUAAAGAAUUUCGCCUCAGAAAUCGAACCAAGGUGAAAACAUACGUGUCAGUUUUCGUUUGUUUUGCAACAAAAGCUGUACACCUCGAGUUGGUUAAUGAUUUGUCAACCGAAGCUUUCAUUUCUUGCCUCAAGCGUUUUUGUUCUCGUCGCGGUAUACCAAAAACCAUUAAAUCAAAUAAUGGCACAAAUUUCGUAGGAGCAGAUAAUGAAUUGAAAACAUUGUUUCAAAAAAUCGAUCUCACAAUCAAAAAUGAAAAGGUAAAAGAUUACCUUUCUGAUAAAGGUACCACGUGGACCUUUAAUCCACCUAGGGCUCCACACUUUGGUGGUCUCUGGGAGGCAGCGGUAAAUUCAUUCAAAAAACAUUUUACUAGAAUAGCCGGUACAUCACUUCUUUCGUAUGAACAAUUACACACAUAUGUUGCAGAGAUUGAAGGAAUAUUGAAUUCUCGUCCAUUGACCGCGUUAUCUUCUGAUCCAAAUGAUUUUAAUCCUUUGUCUCCUGCUCAUUUCCUGAUUGGUAGUUUAAUGACAAGUAUUCCACAAGAGGAUCUUCGUAGUUUGCCUCUUAAUCGUCUCAGCGCAUGGCGAACUAUUCAACAAAUGCGCCAUCAUUUCUGGAAUCGAUGGCAUCAUGAGUAUUUGAAUGAAAUGAUUUCCAGAAGUAAAUGGCAAUCAUCUACAAAUCAAGAAAACAUCGACAUUGGCACUUUGGUCGUCAUAAAAGAUGACAAUCUACCACCAAUGAGGUGGUCUCUCGGAAGAAUUGUUGCUACACAUCCAGGGUCCGAUGGAAUUGUACGAGUCGUUACAAUUCGCAGUCCAACAGGGACUUACAAAAGAGCACUCAAAAAAUUGUAUCCACUUCCAAUCGACGAUUAA